GCAUCUGACGGUGCACGAAGGAGAUUCGAUAUCCCGCCCAAUAAAAGUUGUUAAAAAAAAGUCUUGUGUUGUAAGUGGAGAGAAAAUUAAAUUUAGUAAUUUUUAUUCUUGCCGCAGGAAGACGUGCUCCAAACUAUGUGGAAUCACGAUAGGGUUAGACCCUAAAUUCUUUCGUUCGUCAGACAUUCAAUUUCUCUGCACUUCAUAAGAUUUUGAAUUGGAAGUUGCUUCAAUCUUGCUACAACCUGUAACGCCUCCUUAGAGACGAUUCCGUAGAGACCAGAUUUGCUAGGUUUCAUGCAUUCGAAUUAAAUAUUUUUUAAGCUUACAUUGUUUUUCAUCGAAGCUCUCAAAUAAGCAGCAGAUCUGUUAUUCUUGGAGAUUCUUUGCUCAGAGUUCUUUGGUUCUAUUGCAUCUUUUCACUGUAAAAGGAUUUUAUGCUUGUUGGCCGGGCCAGCGGAGUGCUUUGGAUUCCAAAGCAUGCAUGUCUUCUUUUAAAGGCCGGCUUCGGAAAUUUAAGCUCGUAACAUUAAAUUUUGGACUUUAUUCGCGAAAACUUAACGACAAAGCAAGGGGGAUAAAUUUUGAUAAAACUUCUCUGCAACUGUGAAACCUGUUGAUUCUUCUUCCUGAGGGUGUAAAAACUUGCGGUGGUUAUUUGGCAAGCUUGGUGCAUAGGUAGGUCACUCUGUCAGGUCUUUGGUGUAGUGUUCUCAAUCAGGGAGAGACCAGACAUGGUUUUUGGCUAUCUAUUUUGAGUUAAAAGUGAAACAAAUAUUGGCAGCAUUUUUACAAGUUGCAGUUACGAAAUCCGCAUUAAAGAGUCAUCUAGGCAAUUUGAUUAGAAGGCUGAGGUGUGGCAGUAAAUUGCUGUCGGUGUAGAGACAACAAUGGUUGUCCCUGCAAAGAAGAAAUUGCUUGUUCUUGAUGUGAAUGGAUUACUUUUAGACACAUACUUCAAGAGUGAAAAGCGCCCUAACCGACCUGCUGAUGGAAAAGUCAACAAGCAUUUUGUUUACAGAAGGCCUUAUUGCAAUGAGUUCAUUGAAUUCUGCUUUGAGAAUUUUGAAGUGGGAAUAUGGUCAUCUGCUAAACAGCACAAUGUUGACAAAUUUAUCGAUUUUAUAUUUGGAGAUUUGAGAAGUAAAUUGCUUUUUUCUUGGCAUCAAGCUGAAUGCACAGAUACAGGAUUGAAGACUCCAGGAAAUAGAUAUAAGCCAGUGUUUUUAAAAGAAUUAUCCAAAUUAUGGAAUAAAGUGAAGCCGGAUCUUCCAUGGGAAGGAGGAGAUUAUGGACCAUUUAAUACCUUACUAAUUGAUGACUCCCCUUACAAGGCUUUGCGCAAUCCUCCGUAUAAUGCAGUGUUUCCUUAUCCAUAUAAGGUUUCCAACAAUAUUGAUGACAGUUUAGGUGGGGCACUUCGUAAGUAUUUGGAAGGGCUUGCAACUGCUUCAAAUGUUCAGCAUUAUGUGAAGCAUCACCCAUUUGGACAGCCACCAAUUAGCAAAGGAAGUCCGCAUUGGGGUUUCUACAAAAAGAUUAUCUUAUCCAUGGGAGAUCAGGAAGCCUCUUGGACUCCUCUACAUCAGGAAUAUAAACUUCAAAGUGUGUCAUUGGAUGACACCGAAGCAGUUUUGCAGUCUGGCAAUGGACAACAUUCAAAAUCAUCUGAACACAUUGACAAACGAAGAAAGAAGCGUCGAUUACAUCCAGCUUCCAGCACUAAUGAAUAUUCUAGUCCUGGUAUGGAAGAGGCAGAGAUUGACAUGGUCAAUGCAGCAAUUCCCAAUAUGGAAAAGAGUAUAUCUUUGGAAAAUAGAGAAGUCCCUUUAUACUCUGGCAAUGGACAACAUUCAGAAUCAAGCUCAUGCGUUGGCAAACAAAAAAAGAAGCGCAAAGAUCGUCUAGUUACUAGCAACAAUCAAUCUUCAGUUCCUGCUAUGGAAGAAGGGAAUGGCAUUGUCAAUGUGGAAAAGAGUGUAUCUUUGGAAAAUAUAAAGGUGAAUAUACAGUCUGGCAAUGGACAACAGUCAGAAUCAAGCUCGCGAAAUGGCAAGCGAAAAAAGAGGCGCAGAAAUCGUCUAGCUACUAGCAACAAUCAAUCUUCAGUUCCUGGUAUGAAAGAAGAGAAUGGUGUGGUCAAUGUGGCAAUGCUCAAUGUGGAAAAUAGACGAGUGAAUUUACAGUCUAGCAAUGGACAACAGUCAGAAUCAAACUCGCGAAUUGGCAAGCGAAAAAAGAGGCGCACACAUCUUCUAGUUACUAGCACCGAUCAAUCUUCAGUUCCUGGUAUAGAAGAAGAGAAGAGUGUCGUCAAUGUGGCAAUGCUCAGUAUGGAAAAGAGUAAAUCUUUGGAAAAUAGAAAAGUGAAUUUACAGUCUGGCAACGGACAACAGUCAGAAUCAAGCUCGUGGAUUGGCAAGCGCAAAAAGAGGCACAGAGAUUGCCUUUUUACUGACACUGAUCAAUCUUCAGUUCUUGGUAAGCAAAAUGAAGAGAAUGGUGUAGCUGAGAUGGCAAUGCCUGAUGUGGGAAAGAGUAGAAGUAUCACUCAAGAUUCUUUAAGCCAGCAACAUGAAUCUUGUAGAAUAUAUAGGGGAUAUAAAGAUGCAAAUUUAUCAUCUGAUCGUGAAGAACGUUUCUCACAGAACUCAUCCUUUUCCAAUCAUAAAAGGAAGCAUAAACGUUUUCAGGAUGCCAGCAUGUCUCGAGGAUCUGUUCCUGCUAUGGGAUACAAGGAAGAUGGUUUAGCUGAGGCAAUAGAUAUCUCUAUGACAAAUGGAUAUGGUACCACUGUGGCUUCUUUCAGGCAGGAACAUGAAGUCGGUGAUUGUAAGAACAAGGCAGUGGCUAAACAAACUGAUACAGAUCACUGUGGCAACAAGCCUUAUACAACAUCAGUUAGAAAUUUUAGUGAUCCCAAUAGUUUCAGAUAUGGCAACAAAGGUCAUCAUUAUAAUCUUAUGAAUUCCAAUCCCCGGUCUUCCAGUCAUUCCCAAACAAAUAGGUUUGGUGACAACCAAGCUCCUUACAUUCCAAGACGGUUCCAAGCAAACUGGGGACAUCAAAAUGGUGUAAAUGCUAGUAUUCAUACAGAGGUGGCAGAGGGUGGCAUUUAUACAAGCAACAAAAUCUAUGGUGGAAAUGCUGUUCAUACCAACUUUCCUCCAUACCCAUUGGGAGGUUAUAUUUAUAAUGGACAAGAUCGAUGGCAAAUGCAGGAUGGUUUUCACUAUGAACCCCCUCUCCAAAGUGCUAACCCAAGCUACUUAGGAUAUACAGUAUGUCAAAGCUAUAAUCCAAACCGAGGAGCCAUAGAAUUCCGAGACCCAGUUAUGCAAAGUCCAUUUCCAAAUUCUUUCUCACAUGAGCAGAUGCGUCCAACAUAUUACGGUACUCAGCAUCAAGGCCAUAACCAUAACAGGAAUUUUCAUCAUUGUAAGAACAAUUCCAGUAGCAAUCGUCGUGGACGUAGGUAAGAGUAGAGAGGAAUCUCAUUUUGAAUGUUGUAAUAAUGGCAAAACUAAGCCCACAGGCAAUUUGAAGUUGGGCUCACAAGAUCAACAACAAAUAAGCUUUUUUUGGAUCAGUGGUAACAAUCUUCUGUACAAUGAACAAGAUUGUUUGAAGAAUCUGGUCACGAUAGUAAAGACAAUGUGCAUCAUAGCCUGAUUCAGGUUGCUGAAGAGAUUUCUCGUUAUUUCUCAGCAAUGCCCUUGAUUGCAUUGAAUGGGGGAAACAUUUCAGAGUUUCCAAUGCAUUUUAAUUGAGUGGAGGUAUUUGAAGUUCCAAUUUUGUUAAAUUUCAACACAAAAUUGCUGUUUUCUGACUAGGUAGUCUUAUCCUACUGAAUAUUCUCAAUCUUGUCUAUUUUUGAUCAUCUGUAAAUUUUUUAACAAGGUUAAAAUUAUAUAUUA